AUGGAGCAUAUGGAAAAGUUUUCCGCCGGCUUUUCUCAUGGCUUUCUACCAACGGAGAAGCAGAGAAGCCCUAAAUGGCCUUGCAUCUUGAGUUUCUUAUGCAUUAUUCCGCUCCUGGGUCUACUGGCUGCUCGGGAAGGUUUGCUUGAGACGAAAGCAAGAGAGACUGAGGUAAGAUGUGGCCAGUUUUCUUCCAAAUAUUGUGUGCUGUUUUAAUAUCCUGCCUUCCACCCCACCCCAAAUUAGCUCAAGGCGGUUGUUUCAUCCUAACGACAGCCCUGUGGGGUAGGUUAGACGGAGAGAUUGUGACUGACCCAAGAUUGUUCUACUGGACAGGGAUUUGAACUCAGGUCUGCUGCAUUUCACCAUUUAUUUUUCUUUGCUGUGUGGUCAUAUUCUAUGGAAUGGGAACUUUAAUAUUUGCUCAUCUGUUAUAUUAUAUCUCAUGGUGUUGUGAGUUUGUUUGUUUUUUUGCAAGGAGGUCAAAGAUUUGAACUCGGGUCCUGCAUCCCUGUCCACUGGGCAGAAGAGACGGCAAAGAGUUCCAAGUAUUGCCUCUUCAUAUUUCAUUUUUAGAUUCCUGGCAUGGCAGAAAAAGCUUCUGGUGGGGUUAACAGUGCAUGCUUAACUAGAAGUAAGGCCCACCGAUUGAAUUUAUUACUCCACACACCUCUCAAUUUUUUAAUGGUUUCAACUACCUUGCAAGGUAGGUUACGUCGACAGACAGCAGCUGGCCCAAGAUUGCCAACUGAGCUUUCAGGGCUGAGUGAUGGGUUGAACCUCAGUUUCCCCAGACAAUUACCCUCCGUGAAUUAAUUAGUCUAAUCUUUUAUAGCCUUCCAGACUGAUGACUAUCAAAAAUUCCACAGUUUAAAGGUACAUUGUGUGAAGAAGUCCUUGCUUUUUGUCUGUCCUCAAUCUUUUAACACCCAGCUCCUUGGGAUGGCCCAAAAAUCUAGUAUUAUGGAAGAAGGAAUGGAGAAGCCUCUCCUAAACCACUUUCACCAUACUUUGCAACAUUUUUAUACACCUCUAUCCUGCCCACCUCUCCUUGUCCCAAAGUCCAAAUGCUGCAACCUUUCCUCAUGGUGUGUGUGUGUGUGUGUGUGUAUGUGUGUCCACCCCCUUGAUCCUUUUGGCUUCCUUUUUCAGAAGCUUUUCCAUCUCUGCAAGAUCCUUUUUUUUGUGGGGAAGGGACCAAAAAUGGAAGUUUCACACACUCCUUUCUUUCUUUCUUUCCUAAAGAUUUGGGCGUGAGAUCAGACUUUUGACCUACUUACAGAGGCAUUGGAAAAGCACAUGUCUGUGUGCCCUAUAUAAGUUUCAGGACAGAUCCUAAGCUAGAGAAGCGUCUUGUUUCAAUACGGCAUUUCCCCUUCCUCACUCCCGCAAGGGGUAGGACGUUUCAGAGCCGCCUGCUUUUGUGAAGAGAGUGCAGAAUUGGGAGGGGAACUGAAGGAUCAUCUAGUCCAACCCCAGCUGCAACGCGUUGCUAAUCAAGCCGGUUUAUUACAACUACACAGAGGAGGCAAACAGACAAGGAGCUCAAGAUAGCUCGCUCUCACUUCUCCACCCUCCAUUUUUGCCUGACACCAACCCUGCAAGGUAGGGCAGGGCAGGGCUGAGAAGGAGCGACCGGCCCAAGAUCACCCAGUGGGCUCUGUAGCCAAGUGGGGAUUUGAAUGGUGCAGGCUGGUCUAUUAGGGCAAAUGCGGUACUGCCCCACCAACCUCAGCCUGCCCUGGGGCAGCUCCUGAUUGAUAUUUACUUCCAUCCAAUCCAGGGGGUGCCCCUGGCUGCCAGCUUCCUCCCCCUUGGUCUUGCCCCUUGUACAACUCAACAGGGAGGAAGAGGCUGGGGACAAGCAUAGACUUAGUUGGCUCAGCCAGUAGUUGCUCUGGCGCCACCUAGUGUUGGCCUCCCUACCUUCCAACCUACCAGCCUCCAGUGGGCACCAACCACCCCUGGAUUGCAAGCCUGGUAUUUAGAGACAAGGGACGCGCAUGGCGCUGUGGGUUAAACCACAGAGCCUAGGAGUUGCCGAUCAGAAGGUCGGCAGUUCGAAUCCCCGCAACAGGGUGAUCUCCCGUUGCUCGGUCCCUGCUCCUGCCAACCUAGCAGUUCGAAAGCACGUCAAAGUGCAAGUAGAUAAAUAGGUACUGCUCUGGUGGGAAGAUAAACGGCGUUUCCAUGCGCUGCUCUGGUUCGCCAGAAGCAGCUUAGUCAUGCUGGCCACAUGACCCAGAAGCUGUACGCCGGCUCCCUCAGCCAAUAAAGCGAGAUGAGUGCCACAACUCCAGAGUCAGCCACGACUGGACCUAAUGGUCAGGAGUCCCUUUACCUUUACCUUAUUUAGAGACAGGCUGACAGCCUUGAUGCUUAAUAUUUCCAGCUCCAGGCUCCUGAAAAAAGGACCCUGAAACACAAGAGUCUCUGGGGCUGCAACCAGAGAGCUGGCAGCCCUUAAAAAAGCCCAUUUGUGCUUGGCUGCCUUCACUUUAAGGAACCAGCCAGCUCUUUCCCUGGCUCACAGACCUUUCCUGGAAAAAAACAUGUGAGGCUGGGAGUUGGUUGGCAUCAUGUGGCAGAAGAGGCUGAUGGGGCAGAAGGCAGGGAGCCCAACAGCAGGUGGCGCCAGAGACAGUAAGGGGCAGAGCCUACUUAAUUUGAGUUUUGUCCCUGAGACUAAAGAGGAGGAGGACGUUGGCAGGCAGGGCCACCCCCUGGACUUGGUGUAAUAAAAAAGGCAGGCAGAAUGAUGUUGGUGGGGCAGUGCCCCAUUUGCCCUAAUGGAUCAGCCUCCACUGUGUGCAGCUCAUGAGGGCUGUUCAGACCAAGAGCUGCGCACCUAGUGAAAGAUCUUCUGAGUCCAACAUCUCAACUAAGCCAGCUUGGCCUCAGCUCCAAGACCUACCAUUCCUGACAAGAGCCAGGGGGGAAUACAAGGCAGGAUCUGGCAGUUCCUUGUUUCUUUCCCUGUUGAGAUCCAGAGCCCACUUCUCAUGCUAGUUUAACCUUCAGGAUUCCCUUUGCCCUGCAGAAGAGAGGAAUACAAGAAGCUGGCUUUGUAGCAAGCCGUUGGUCCACCUAGCUACACUGACCGGCAGCAGCUCUCCAGGGUUUCAGACUGGGGUCAGUUUACAAAAAUGAAGUGCUGGUCAGAGUUAGUUUUGCCCUCAAACCACCUUGUUCUCUAGACUGUCACCUAGUGGCAGAAUGGCAACAUUAGCUUUUUCAUAAAAGAAAGAGGCGUCCCUUAUAGUCUUCUUUUAGCCUCCCAAAUGAAUGUUCUGCCUAUUGGUAUAUCCGUAGCAGGGCAUGUGUACAUGGCUCGCCCUCCAUUUUAUCCUCGCAACAACCCUGUGAGGUAGGGUAGGGUGAGAGACAGUGACGGGCCCUCGGAUGUGGAAGUAAAAAGGCUUUGUUUUCCUUUUCACUCUGUGUUCAUCACAGGCAGCACAGUUUCCGUUCAGUUCAUCUUCCACCAAAAGCCAGGUUAUUAGUCUCACUGUCCACUGUGGCAAAAUCACAUGGCUUCCAUAAUUAAUAGUGUAAAAGAUGUUAUUCCACCCCCAUUCAUUCAAUUGCAAAUUGGGCAGUGAGGGGGCGAGUAAUAAAUUACAUAUUGUUUGCAGAUGGAACAACAUAUUGUUUGCAGACCGAGCAAAAACAGCGGAUUCUGACUGUAUUUGCUGGAUUGAUUUCCUUUCUGGCCACGGAACAAUUUUUCCGUUUCAGUUUUCAUCCGAACUCUGUGACAUUCCUACCCACAGUCUUCCCAGUGUGAAUCAUGGCUGAGUUGGGUCCAUCACUCUAACCGCUACACCACACUGCCUCUCACAUAACGGGGACCCAACCCAGAGGCUUUGGUGCAAAGCUGACGUGCUGAGCUCUCCUCCUGACCUGCUUGGCUUGGCUUUUUUAAGGCAGAACCUGCUCUUCACGGUUUUCCUCCUGGAAUUCCCCCUUCUCUCCGAGAUGGCAAAUUUCCACCCCAUCCCCAUAGCCGGAAGAAACGCUACACGCUCACGCCAGGUCACCUGAAGUGGGACCACUUCAAUCUCACGUACAAGUAAGGCCAGGAUUUGUAGAAAUACCAAUAGUUUUGGGGGGUGGGGUCAAAUACUUAAUUUUUGCAAUGGAUUUUCUCUCUUAAAUUACAUUUACGCCCGUUGUUUUUACAAAUGUAUAUGCAUUUUUCUGCAUACCUCAAAUACACAUAUUUUUGUACUUGGGGGGAGGGCUCGGCAAACUGCGUCAGAGGCAUGGGAAUUUCAACAUACCGUAUUUUUUGCUCUAUAAGACUCACUUUUUCCAUCCUAAAAAGUAAGGGGAAAUGUGUGUGCGUCUUAUGGAGCGAAUGCAGGCUGCGCAGCUAUCCCAGAAGCCAGAACAGCAAGAGGGAUUGCUGCUUUCACUGUGCAGUGAUCCCUCUUGUUCUGGCUUCUGAGAUUCAGAAUAUUUUUUUUCUUGUUUUCCUCCUCCAAAAACUAGGUGCGUCUUAUGGUCCUGUGCGUCUUAUAGAGCGAAAAAUACGGUAUAUGCAUUUCAAUUUGGCUAACACUGGAGGAAGUGCAAAUUAGGGAUUGUUUGGGGGAAAUGCAUUGCAAUGUAAAUUUCUCUCCCCUUUCCUGGUUUGAAUACUGGUUUCUGGGAAGGGGUGGAAAUGAUAAAGGGGAGGGCUCUGUCUUCCAUCCACACAGACAGUACAGACUUUCCAUUUGGAAGGUGGGCGGACAAGGAAGCCUAGUGGGAGGGGAAAUGGAAUAGUGUGUGCUGCAAAGGGGCAUGGCUGGCUGCAGUUCUGAAGACUUGGAGGGCCACAGUUUCCCAGCCCUGGUCUAGGCUGCAAGCCAAGGUUUCAAACAGGAGGUGUUGGGAUUUAAUCUGGCACCCUUUGCAGGGAUUUGUGAGGGGCUCCCCCAUCUCUCUCGGUUUUUUAAUAUGAUUUUUAUUUCUGAUUUUCAAUUUUAUGCAUUUCAAUCAUUUUACAGUCAUUUUAACAUUUCGAAACUCGACUUCCUUCCCCCUCUUUCUGUGGUUCCUUAAAUUUAUUUUUUUAUAUUUUCUAUUAUUCCAAAUUAACUUACUCAUUUAUUCAUCUAUUUAAAUAUACAUUCUUAUAAAACUGCAGGUUAUUACAAUAAUCCUGCCUGCGUCCUUAUCUGUUUACGGUUUAUUUGCAAAUAUCCAAUAAACCAUUUCCAUUCGUUUAUUAAAAAGUUUAUCUUGAUUUCUUAUUUUUCCGGUAAGUUUUGCCAUUUCUGCAUAUUCCGUAUGUUUUUGUUAUCCAUUCUUCUUUUGUUGGGACGACUUCUUCUUCUUUCCAUUUUUGGGCAAGUAACAUUCUUUCCGCUGUCAUCGCACACAUGAAUAGAUUUCUAUACGGUUUGGGUAGUUCUGUCCCUAUAAUUCCCAACCUCCAUCUCUCUCUGUGUGUGAUACGAUGUGAUCUUCCAAGCCUGGGUGGGGCUGAGCAGCCAUUUCUGGUCGCAAUCCCUCUGGUCUCUAUUAGCUCAAACAGUUCCAAAGCUGCCUCUUAUUUUCAUUCUAAUUCCAUUUCCUUCCAGGAUCCUGUCUUUUCCUAGGAACAUCAUCAACGAGAGCCAGACAAGGAAGGGCCUGUCUGCUGCUUUCCGCAUGUGGAGCGAAGUCUCCCCCUUCAGCUUCCGAGAGGUGCCGCCAAGGGCAGCCAGUGACCUAAAAAUUGGUAGGGGUUCCUCUUAUAGUAGGUGGCACUGUGGGUUAAACCACAGAGCCUAGGACUUGCCGAUCAAAAGGUCGGCGGUUCAAAUCCCCACGACGUGGUGAGCUCCCGUCGCUCAGUCCCUGCUCCUGCCAACCUAGCAGUUCGAAAGCACUUCAAAAAGUGCAAGUAGAUAAAUAGGUACCGCUCCGGCGGGAAGGUAAAUGGCGUUUCUGUGCGCUGCUCUGGUUCGCCAGAAGCAGCUUAGUCAUGCUGGCCACAUGACCCGGAAGCUGUACGCCAGCUCCCUCGGCCAAUAAAGCAAGAUGAGUGACGCAACCCCAGAGUCAGUCAUGACUGGACCUAAUGGUCAGGGGUCCCUUUACCUUUUACCUCUUAUAGUGCUGGUUUCAGAAGAAAACUCUGAAAGAGUGAUGGGGUGUGUGGAAACCCACAGCAACCCCGCUGAGGACUGAACAUGCUCACUGGUUACAGAAUGCUUUGUGUCAGGAUGGAGGGAGGACAAGGAAGAUGGAAUGGAGUGCCCUAGCGGAGGGCAUGGCUGGCUGGAACAUACAAGGUGUGACCAGAACGUUCGGUGAAUGGUCACAGAAAUCGGACAGCGAGAAAUAUUCGAACCUUACAGGCCUUCAAAGUAGGCCCCCUCGGAUACAAUGCGCUGUUGACAACGUUCGUAGAACUGUUGGGGACUUCUGGAAAGUCCUCUUUUCGUACUGCUUUCGGUUCCCUCGUCACAGCAGCUUGGAUGUGUGAAAUGUUGGAAAAUCUGUGCCCUUUCAGUGCAGAUUUCAGUUUUGGAAAAAGAAAGAAAUCUGGUGGGGUCAGAUCGGAAGAAUAUGGGGGGUGGGAGAACUCAGUAACAUCAGUAACGAUUUCACGUGGACUAUGCAAAUCUUCCGCCAUCAUUCAGCUGGACAAACUCAAUAACUCACAAACUCUGUCGACAUUUGCUGCCAUUCUGCUCGUCGAUGGUCUGCCUGACUGAGGGUCAUCUUCGAAGGUUUGCCGCCCAUCACGGAAAUGGUUAAAUGCUUAAAGUUACAGCUUCAUUUCCGUACACAAUUGUGAGCAUUUCGUGGGUUUCCGAGGAUGACUGUAUGUUUGAAUACUUCUCGCUGUCCGAUAUCUGUAACCAUUCACUGAACUUUCCGGUCACACCUUGUAGAACAGCACUGCAACAUUUUGUUGAAGUUACCACUUCGAUAUGGGGAAAGGGCACAGCUCAGUGGUUUUGCAUGAGGAAGGUCCCAGGGUCUAUCUUGGGGAUUCUCCAGGUAUAGCAGGGAAGACUCCCUGUCUCAAACCCUAGAGAGCCAUUGGCGGUCCGUGUGGAUGAUGCUGAGCCAAAUAGACCAAUGGUCUGACUCGGACCAUUAGCGCUUACUCUGGCUCCCACUGCAGGCGUUUGAAACCAAGGGCCCAUGACACCAGCCACAAUCUGUGUCCAUCCCAUAGUUUCUUGAAAAAUGCUCCUGUUUGAUGCGCUUUCCCUCAAAACAGCUUCUGCAUUUUAAGACAUGGAUGUGUGUACAACCUCAGUAUUGGGCAGCCAUCUUGUCUGUUCACCCCGUCUUAGUAAGGACUGUGAUGUUUGCUUCCUUGCACAUAUAUUUCCACAACCCUAGGACAUUUGGAAUCAUCGCAGUAGAAACAAGAAGUAUGGACCUCGGCACUCGCUGAAAAAUUAACUAAGGAAGUCAAGGCAUUACCCAAAAAGAUACACACGCAACAGGCUUUCACUCAAUGUUUUCCCACAAAGAAACUGCAUUUGGAAGGUGCAGUGGGAAGAGGGCAUUGUUGGAUGUGGGGGGUUUCAUUUACUUUGAAAAAUCAAUAAAUAUUUCCCCUUUUCCUUUUUAAAAUUAAACCGUUGGGCAGGCGGGGGCCGAGGGCAGACUUCCACCGUGAUUAAGUGAUCCCAUUUCAUCAUUUUCAUUUCUCCCCAGGCUUCUAUUCCAUAAACCAUACAGACUGCCUGGAGUCCAGUAUCCACCACUGUUUUGAUGGGACAACGGGAGAGCUUGCCCACGCCUUUUUCCCUCAGACAGGCGAGAUCCAUUUUGACGACCAUGAAUACUGGAUUGUGGGCAACACAAGGUUCAGCUGGAAAAAGGGUAAGGGAAUCACGUGUCUCGAUUCUUGAGGCCGACGUCAUCGUGGGUAACAUUUGGUGCCAUUCCUCAUUUCCUCAUGGAAUUUACACAUAGCUCUUCUUGUGUGUGAUUUUGCAAGUGCUUUCCGGGUUUCUUUCUUUCUUUUUUAAAAAACAAGUUUCUAGUCCCUUUGGUCCUGAAAAAUAUGCAUUCUUUCCCUGAAAAAAUUCUGGACACUGAAGUUUUAUCAGGGGUUUCUGGGACUACAUUGCCCGUAGUUAUUGAGAGAAAGGAUGUGCUUCGAAUGUGCUGUGAAUAUACUGUGUGAACUCAGCCUUGUCGCAUACAUUAUGCAAAUAUACUCAGUCAUAAUAAAUGCAAAUACAGGUCACAGGAAUUCUCAGUCACUCAGAGGCCGCCUACAAUCCUUCAGAGUACACCCCCCUGCAAAAGAUCCUGGGAACUGUAGCUUGUUAAGGGUGCUGGGAAUUUUAGCUCUGUGAGAGGCAAAUUAAAGUUCCCAGGAUUCUUGGGGGCGGGGCACAUUGGAAUAUACUUUAAUCCUAUAAUGCAUACAACCUCACUUUCUUUUCAGCGCAGAUACUUUUAAAAUAUCGAUUUAUUUUUAUUCUUGUUUGGGGAGGCCUGUCAGGCUCCUUACACUGUUUGGCUGGGAGUGGGAACUGUUAAAAACAGAAAGCUGCCUGCAAUCCUCUUGAGUGGUUUGCUAGACAAUUAAGAUGUGCCCAGACUCUUCCCAUGAGGAGCAUCAAAGCUUUCUGAUGCGUUGACCUUCGUUGGGGUUGACUUAGAUUAGACAGCUUUCCCCCCCCCCCCCCUCCUGGUUCCACGUCUGUCUUGCCAGACAUCAGGGGGAGAAAAAUGUCUGCGACGUGAGCUGACGAAGGACUUCUGCACACAGAACGUUCCAGAUUUAGGGGUAGCUGGUCCAGAUUCAGUUUUCAGUGACUCAGUGGGGCUGCUGCAACCACAGUUGCACAAACCCUUCCCACCCCAGCAUAGAUCCAGGCAGUUGUGCUAUCAGUGGGGAGAGGUUUUGCCUUGUUCCUUCCCUUGAUUUCUCGUCCAAAAGAAAAGAAAAAGGGGUGGGGGAGGGCUGUUUACAUUUUUGUUCACUUGGAUCACCAGAUUUCCUGCAGACGUGGACAUUUUGUGGGCAGCAGAUGCCUCCAUUACGGACCGGGUUGCUCUUUUAAAAGGCUCCACUUGACAUUAAAUUCUAAGCAGAUGGGUCUUUAAUAGGGAUGGGAAGUGGCUGCAACAAUUGUUGUCCCCACCCCAGCCUAGCCACCUUUAUUUUUUCAAACCUCCCAAUUUUUUAACCCUACAACAGUCCUCACAGUGUGACCAGAUGGAGAAUUUGGACACAUACCAGAACUUCAGGCCCUCCUAGUGUCCCUAUUUUCCAGGGACGUCCCUGAUUUAGAAAAGCCAUUCCAGUUUCUGAUUUGAUCCUGAAAUGUCCUGCUUUUCCUUAGGAUGUCCCUAUUUUCAUUGGAAAUGUUGGAGGGUAUCCGACCCCUGAGUCAUCUGAAGGCAGCCCUGUAUAGGGAAGUUUUUAAAAAGUGUUUAAUAUUUUAUUAUGUUUUUAUAUAUGUUGCUCAGAGUGCUGCGGCAACCCAGUAAGAUGUGUGGGGUAUAAAUUAUAAUUAUGGAAUUGGGACGUCCCUAUUUUCAUCAGAGAAAUGUUGGAGGGUAUGGGACUUUAGAUUGGCACACUUGACGCAGAUCAAAUAGCGUGGCAAAUCUGCUUUUGUUUUUAAAAAUUAACUUUGGCGGUUAAGAAAGCUACAGUGAUAUGUGUUAAAAAUUCGCAGUGGGUGAAUGAUUAAUGGGGAGACAUGUACAGUGGUAUCUUGGGUUACAUACGCUUCAGGUUACAUACGCUUCAGGUUACAGACUCCGCUAACCCAGAAAUAGUACCUCAGGUUAAGAACUUUACCUCAGGAUGAGAACAGAAAUCGCGCGGCGGCAGCGGGAGGCCCCAUUAGCUAAAGUGGUACCUCAGGUUAAGAACAGUUUCAGGUUAAGAAUGGACCUCCAGAACAAAUUAAGUCCUUAACCCGAGGUACCACUGUAAAAGUAAAUUGGGAUGAGUGCUCAGGGCUUCUUUUCAGCUAGAACUCACUAGAACUUAGUUCUGGCACCUCUCAGGUGGGUGCCAUUGCCAUUAUAAGAGGAGGUGUUCAUGGUGGGUUCCAGCACCUCUUUUUCUAGAAAAACAGCACUGAGUGCAACCGCCCUGUAAACAAAUGAGAGUGAACGUGCAAUAAAGCCUGGAAAUAGUCUAACCGCCUUUUAACAUUGGUGCAAGCAGGUCAGGAUGAAUGCUGGAGACAGGGCUAGAAGAGAAAUAUGGGUCAGACUGCAUUUAAAGGUGAACUUUCCUAAUUCACACCAUUAUUGCUAAGAUCUCUCAGAGCUGUUAGGAAGCCCCUCUUCCCUUCCCAGAGCUACAAUUCCCAGAGUUCCCUGGGAAGAGAGAUUGCCUUGGGAAUUGUAGUUCUGUGAGGGGAGAUUUCGCCUCACAACUCUCCGUGUCCCUUAACAAAUGACAAUUCCCAGAAUUCUUUGGGGGGAAGCCAUGACUGUUGAAAGUAAUAUCACAGUGCUUUAAACUUAUGGUGUGAAGGUGGCCUUAAGUUUUAUCUGUUGGGAAAGUGAGGCUAACCUUUGCCCUUGUCCUUAUUGCUUGCUUUGUUUUAUAGUUCAACUUCCCAUGACGGGGUUGACUACUAGGCUAAUAGAAGACCCCCUGCUUGCCAGGCCCAAAGAGGCAAAACCAGCCCACAAAAUUCAGGUCAUAAGUUCCUGGGUUGUGGUUUCCAGGCAUGAGGUGGGUUGCUCUGACCAGUAGAAACCCUCCAUUAAAACCCAGAGCCGUGAAAUCACUGGAGAGAAAUGCGCUUAACUGCCGGCUCUCACAUCUUUCUGGUUCCACGCACAGAUUUGCUGAGGUGCCAGACCUUGUGAAAUGUGAAUGGCUGGCUUCCACCUCUGAAAGUCUAUCUACCGGUACAUUCUGGCUUGAUAGGGAAGGAUUUCCCAUGUGUCCUGUCUUGAGAUGGCUUUGCAAGCAUGUUUCGUAUUUAGGAGAAAAUAGAAAGGUGUUGCAUCACCUUGGGGUUUAUUGUGCGUAAACACCGGCUGGAUCUAUACUGAUUUGUAAAAACGCUUUAAAUAAAGUUACACAGCUCUCAAUGCAAUGUUACACUGAUGAUUUUAAAUUGUUCUGCAGAGCCUUCUGGUGUCACAUGUUUAUAACACAUUUAUAAUGUUUUUACUGACAGUAUAGAUUAGUUCACCGCCAUCACCACAGAUUUCACAGCUCUUCCACUUUGGGCCAAGGGUGGGGGUGAAUGGACAUUUUAAAGAUUGCUUCCUGCCAACAAGGCAUCUUGUCUCCAAAUAAGAUUGAUAAAACCCAACUGGUAGAUUGUAAAAGGUUUUGCUUGGCUUGCUCUCCAUCCAACUCUCCUGACUGCUUUUUGUGGUGAAAAGGUGGCAUCAACCCGAACUCUGAACCCCGGUGUGUGAGCAUCAUUGUGAUCUCAGGUUGAAAUUGGAUUGCACUGAGCUAGGUGGACCCAAUGGUCUGUUCCGGUGAAAGGUGGCUUUGUACAUCCGGUUGGUGCUCUGUUCUGUUGCCUUAUUGAUUUAAGGACACUGAUUAUUUCCCUCCACCUUUCUAUCUCUCUCUCUAUCUUUAGGUGUUUGGCUUACAGACCUGGUCCACGUUGCAGCCCACGAAAUCGGCCAUGCUUUGGGCCUCAUGCACUCCCUGGACCCCAAUGCCUUGAUGCACAUCAAUGCCACCCUGACUGGGAAAAACACCAUUUCGCAGGACGAGAUGUGGGGGAUCUUCCGCCUUUACGGUGAGCGAGAGCAUUGUUGGCUGCAAGGAGGGAAAGCAAGGACUCAACCAGCAAUUGCACGGUUAAGCACUGUUAGCUCUUCUGCUGCCCUGUCCCUUCAAGCAUUGUGUUGGUUGCUUCAUGUGCAAAUUGGCCUGAGAGGUGAGAGUGGAGACUGGCUUCUAGCUCAGUGGCAAUGGUGGCUCCCUGGAGGAGGGGUUAAAAAGCCCUUUGUGGAUUGGGUUCAGGCAAGGGAGGGGGCUCUUAGAAGUGGGAGGCUGAAAAGGGGCUAGAUGAUGAGCUUAUAGGGGCCAAAUUAUAUGUUGUUUUAUUUUUUAAAAAUAAUUUCAUUUCUAUCUUGCCUUUCUUCAAGGAGCUCAUGGUGACAUAUUUAUUAACUUUAUAUCCUGCCGUUUCUCCAAAAAGGAGCCCAGAGUGGCAAGCAGCAGAUGAUAAAACAAUUUUAAUAAAAUUAACACUUUAAAAUUAGAGUAUGGGGCAACUGGAUAUUCCUGCAUUGCAGGGGGUUGGACUAGAUCAGGGGUCAGCAAAAAUUUUCAGCAGGGGGCCGGUCCACUGUCCCUCAGACCUUGUGGGGGGCCGGACUAUAUUUUGAAAAGAAAAAAAAAAUGAACGAAUUCCUAUGCCCCACAAAUAACCCAGAGAUACAUUUUAAAUAAAAGCACACAUUCUACUCAUGUAAAAACAUGCUGAUUCCCGGACCGUCCGUGGGCCAGAUUUAGAAGGCAAUUGGGCCAGAUCCGGCCCCCGGUCCUUAGUUUGCCUACCCCUGGACUAGAUGAUCGUCAGGGUCCCUUCCAACUCUGCAAUUCUAUGAUUCCUCUAGGAAAACACCUUUUAAACAAUUCCAGCACACAUGGCAGGCUGUAUGUGGCUCCCCCCACAUUUUAUUCUCACAACAACCCUGUGAGGUAGGCUAGAGUGAGAGACAGGGACUGGCCCCAAGCUAGCCCUGCAAGGAGAUCUUCACGGCUGUGUUGUGGGAUUUGAACCCUGGUCUCCCAGGAACCUAGAGUCUGGCACUCUAACCACUACGCCAAGCUGCCUUCUUGAGUGCCAGUUUGCCUGUUUCUUGCUGCUUCCUUGCAGAAACGUGUUUACAUCGGUGGCUCUCUCUCCUCUCCUGAAAGCAGCAUUUAUCCCUGCAGGCUUGCACCGCACGCCUUCAGUUUGGAAGUUACUGGCUCCAACUUCCCCAGAUUUCCUGAGGCUGGGCCUCUGAAAACUAGUAUUGGGGAGAGAAAAUGAUACGUUUCUGGUCCAUCAUAGAAAUUCUGUGAAAUGCUAUAUUUACAGCGGAGGGUGAGGUGGGGUGAGGAGAAAACGGCCUGAUGAGAACAUAGCUCUGGCAGCGGAGGGCUCAGAGGCCAGCCUUGUUUUCCUACAGUUUGAAAAAAGGGUUGAAUUGGCAUUGCCGUCGAAGGACUGCUUUCUGUGCCAAGCCUGUGCCACCUCCCCAGUCGCACGUUUCACUCCUUCUAAUAAGUGCCGAUAGCUGUGAAGCCAAAACAGGCCAUAGCUGAGCUUGAUUUUCCUUUUCUUUUCUUUUCUUUUUGGGGGGGGGGGUGUUCUAAUGUAUUAUAUGAUCUUAGCCUUGCUGAUGCAGCCAGGUUUAUUUAUUUCCUUCCCAUUUCUCCUUUGACCUGGGCAUCUUUUAAGACUCAGGGUCAGAAGGUAACCUGGAGGUAGGCCAACGUUCCUGCUCCGCUCAGGAUCGCCAGUGCUGGAUGUAAAACACAAGGAGGGGGGCAUUUUUGCAGCCCCCAAGGGCCGGCAUUGUCUCCUAGGGCCACCUGCCAGAAGUGGGCGGGGCCAGAGGAAAAAAGUAGGCGGAGCAAUGGAUGCAUGACUCUUAAUCCUUUGCACAGCAAGAUUCUUCUUACGUUCUGGUGACCUGGCAAGUUUUCACAUACAGUGGUACCUCGGGUUACAUACGCUUCAGGUUACAUACACUUCAGGUUACAGACUCCGCUAACCCAGAAAUAGUAUCUCGGGUUAAGAACUUUGCUUCAGGAUGAGAACAGAAAUCGGGCUCUGGCAGCGCAGCAGCAGCAGGAGGCCCCAUUAGCUGAAGUGGUGCUUCAGGUUAAGAACAGUUUCAGGUUAAGAACAGACCUCCAGAACGAAUUAAGUACUUAACCCAAGGUACCACUGUAUAUUUGUAAAUAUGCUUCUUCCACUCAAGCCAUCCACCCUCCAAGCAUGCUUUUUCAACUGUUGGAGCAAAGAAAAAUUAAAGACUCGUCUGAAAGAUCAGCUACCUUGGACGACUCCUGUACAAAGUUUUUCAUGCUGGCUGGUUGCUACAGGAACCUUUACCCAGUAACUAGUGCCUUGAGCUUGCUUUCUUCCACCUCCCUCCCCAUAUCUUUUCCUUUUCUGCUCUUUCAUAAGCCUGAAGGCAUGGGCUGUCUUACCACUGAUAUCUGUAAGCCACUCCUGAAAAGCAGGAUUAAAAAAAUGCUUCCAAUAAGUAAAUAUGUGGGUACAGUUCCGCUGACAGGACCAACAUUGGUUGAAAUCAAAGUACACAAAGUUCAAUCAGCUUUUUAAAAGUUUUUAUUGCCACCUUUAAUGAAUCUUCCUAUUUCAGGCUGUAAAGAUCGAAUCUUCAUAUGUCCUUCAUGGUCUCAGAAAGGCUACUGCAGAACGCGCAGGAAGUUUAUGAAGAAAAAUUGUCCAUAUAGCUGCGACUUUUGCUCAGGUAAUGAAUAUGCUUUGCUUGGAUUCUAGCAUUCAAGGAUAUCUGCUUCUAAGAGGGAUAUAUAAUAUAUUUAUAAGCAAUAAACGCAAGGGGAGAAUGCUCUUUUGCUAGGCUGAUAGCUUGGCCUGUCCAGGAUAAUGGGCUGAUAUUUUAUUAAUGGGAGCUAAUGACAGGCUACAUUCUCCUGAUAGCUGGGAGUCUCUCUCUGGUGUUUGGAAUGCAACAUCCAAGAGAGUUUAGGAAGAUAGGAUGCCUCAUGGGAAGCGAUUCAUAAAUGAUAAUAUGAUCAUGUAUUUUUUAAUAGAAAAUUUAUAUACCUUUACUCAUUUUUUAAAAAAAUCCGAGUGGUUUACAACAACCACUCAUGAAGCCAUUAAAACAUUUAAGAUCAGAUAUCGGAUAACUGUUGUUUGUUAAUUGCCUGCGUAAGCCUGGAGGCAUAGAAGUUUUCAGCAGGCAUUUAAAAGUUGAAAAACAAGGUGCCUGAUGAAUCUCUAUGGGCUGAGUUCCCACAUGACUGGGCCAAUGACACUAAAGGCUGCAUUUUGUGUUGAUUUCAAAUUAGCAUCACUGAUUGGGGGAACGACCAGCUAUGCUCCUGCAAGUUAUCAAACCAGAAUAUAAGGGUUCAUGUGGUCCCGGAGUUGUUCAGGGCUUUGUUAAGACAAGGCCCUUGAACCUGGCUCAGUAGCAGUUGCGUCAGGGAUUCUUAAGAUGUGAUUCCUGCAUUGCAGCAGGGGGUUGAUCCCUGGGGAGCCUUUCAACCCAGUGUUUUUUACACUGGCUGGCAGCAGCUCUUCAGGUUUUCAGAUUGGGGUCUCUCUCAACCCUGCUGGGGAUUGAACCUGGCACCUUCUGCAUGCAAGGCUGAUGCUCUAACCACUGAACUCCAGCCCUUCCCCAAGAUUCCUCGAUUUUCAAAAUUAGUAAGACAACAGCAGGAAAACAAUCGUGUAAUCCUAAAUCUGUAGCUCAACGAUGACAAUAUAUCCUUUUUGUUUUGAUCCCCCUUCCCUUCCUUGUUCUGCCGGCAGAAUUCCCAUUCCCAACGGUGAUGCCAACGCCGCUUCCCCCGAGGAUGAAAACGAGGAUUGUUCCCGAAGGCAGAAACGUUACCUUCCGCUGUGGCCAGAAGAUCAUUCAUAAAAAAGGCAAAGUUUAGUAAGUAAUCUCACUUGGGGGUGAGCCAGACAUGCAUGCAUGUCUCUUUAACUUUUUGGUUUGGAAUGUGUGUCUGUAUGUGAUCUUUGGGAAUCAUUAGAAUUGUGCAGUUGGAAGGAAACCCAAAGCUCAUCUAGUCCAACUCGCUGCAAUGCAGGAAAGCGGGUUACCUUGAAUUAGGGACAACCAGCACCAGGGGUUACAUAGAAAGCUGACUUAUACUGAGUCAACCAUUCCUUGGUUCCAGUCACCCUCUUGUGCACAUGUUCCAGCUUGUCGAUAUCCUACUUAAAAUGAGGCGCCCAGAACUGGACACAGGACUCUAGGGCAUGGUUAAAGGGAUAAAACCUGGUGAAUAUCAACCUUCCCCUCUUGCUUUUCCCACACACAGCUGGUAUAAAGAGAAGGAGCUUCUGGAAUACUCCUAUCCAGGAUACCUGUCUCUGAAUGACGACCACAUGAGCAUCAUAGCCAACGUCAUCAAUGAAGGGACCUAUACUUGUGUAGUGAAGAAAAAGUCUCAGAUCCUCACCACAUAUUCCUGGAGGGUCAGGCUGAAGCACUAA